CCGAAGCACCCAUCCCCAUUUAGGCAAAGAGAGGCCGGGGAUGACCCUUCAGGCGGGUUCAGGGCAUUCCUCUGCUCGCUGCACUGCUCGCCAGUGUGCAGGACAAACGGCACCACACACACCUCCCCGUUCGGUUUUCCCCGUUUUGGGUAAUGCUUACUGUGCUUGUGAGUCGUGUCAUCCUGCUGCCACCCUAAAUCACUGCAUGAGAAAGAAAGCACAGCAAUGAGAUAAAGCAGGAGCUAGUGUGUUCACUCUCCCAGAAGCUCCUUAUAGCCACAAUGGCAACAUCAUCUGAAGAAGUCUUACUGAUUGUAAAGAAGGUACGUCAGAAGAAGCAGGAUGGAGCUCUCUACCUUAUGGCUGAAAGGAUCGCAUGGGCACCUGAAGGCAAGGACCGAUUCACUGUCAGCCAUAUGUAUGCAGACAUCAAAUGCCAGAAAAUCAGUCCAGAAGGGAAAGCUAAAAUUCAGCUUCAGCUAGUAUUGCAUGCAGGGGACACAACCAAUUUUCACUUUUCCAAUGAAAGCACAGCAGUGAAGGAGAGAGAUGCAGUAAAGGAUCUUCUUCAACAGCUGUUGCCCAAGUUCAAAAGGAAAGCUAACAAAGAACUUGAGGAGAAGAACAGAAUGCUGCAAGAAGAUCCUGUUUUGUUUCAGCUCUAUAAAGACCUUGUUGUGAGCCAGGUAAUCAGUGCUGAAGAAUUCUGGGCCAACCGUUUGAGCCUGAAUGCAGGGGAUAAUUCUGCAGCACCUAGCAAGCAGGAUGUGGGCAUCUCCGCAGCAUUCCUGGCUGAUGUCCGACCUCAAACAGAUGGCUGCAAUGGUCUGAGGUAUAAUUUGACUUCAGAUAUCAUCGAAUCCAUAUUCCGGACAUACCCUGCAGUAAAAAUGAAAUAUGCAGAAAAUGUUCCACAUAACAUGAUGGAGAAGGAAUUCUGGACACGAUUUUUUCAGUCUCAUUAUUUCCAUCGGGACAGGCUCAAUACAGGCUCAAAAGACCUUUUUGCAGAAUGUGCCAAACUGGAUGAAAAAGGUUUAAAAACAAUGGUGUCUCAAGGAGUGAAAAACCCCCUGAUAGAUUUAACAGCUUUGGAUGAUAAAUCAUUAGAUGAAGGCUAUGGUGUUGCUUCAGUGGCCUCUACAUCAAAUGCCUCAAAAUCUGCUAGAGAAAGUAGCAAUGCUGCCAUUAUCAAACGCUUUAAUCAUCACAGUGCCAUGGUCCUUGCAGCUGGCCUCAGGAAACAAGAAGCACAAAACGACCAUUACAGUGAGACCAGCAGUACGGAUGGAAACUCCAGGGAUUCAGAUUUCUUUCAGCCACCAAUGAAAAAGGUGAAACUGCAGGAGGCCAUUGAGUAUGAAGAUUUAACAAAGAACGAUAGCGUUAAAACUAUUGCACUAAACUUAAAGAAGCCUGAUAGGUAUUAUCAUGGUCCAACUCCAAUUCAAUCACAGCAAUAUGCAACCAGUCAGGAUAUAAUUAAUUCUUUUAAUAGUAUUAGGCAAGAAAUGGAAGCAUAUGUACCCAAACUAACUCAGGUUCUUUCAAGUAGUGAUGCUGCUAGCACUAUUGCAGCCCUGUCACCUGGAGGAGCACUUAUGCAGGGUGGAACACAGCAAGCCAUAAACCAGAUGGUGCCAAAUGACAUUCAGUCUGAACUAAAACACUUGUAUGUGGCAGUAGGGGAGCUGCUACGACACUUCUGGUCCUGCUUUCCUGUUAACACACCAUUCCUAGAAGAAAAGGUUGUGAAAAUGAGGAGCAACUUGGAAAGAUUUCAGGUUACAAAGCUCUGCCCAUUCCAAGAAAAGCUUCAGAAACAGUAUUUAAGCACAAAUAAACUGUCAAGAACCACAGUGUGAAAUGACCUGUGAGACAACAAAACAGAGGAGUCCUGUUCCAUUUUUCACUUCCACCAAGAAGUGGAACUUGGCAGCCUCAAAACUAUCUCCCAGCAUGCCAGACUUGCAGUGGUCGCAGACUAAACACUGGAACAGGCAGCACAAUUAAGUGAGACCUUCUCAGACUAGUAGCUCUGUGAAUUACUCCCUCUACAGAUACCUUGCAGUAGAGUCUCCAUCUGGCAUACCUCUGG